GCACCGCGAGCCCUCCGCGGACGGCGCCGCCCGUGGCCGGUAGCCGCAGGGAUGUCGCCUCUGCAGACUAACAGAGUCCGCUCAGACCGCAGGACCCCGGCAUGGCCGAAGCUGCUGACGCCGUCGCCAGCUUCGAAGAGAUGUUUGCCCGCAGGUACACGAAGGACGACCAGGAGUACCAGCAGCACCUGCGGCGCGCCGCCGACUCGCGGCCGCCCGUGCUGGAGGACUGGGGCAGCAAGGCCGGCGGGAGCCAGAGGAGCAGGGGCGGCUGGUUGCAGGACAGCAGGCAGUGUAGAGGCGGGGAAGGCCGGCGGGGCUGGCCCGGGGACCACCGCUCCGGUCAGUGGCACGGCCGGCCCUGGGGCCACAGCCCGCAGCCCAGACCGGAGCCUCACUACCCGCAGCAGUACGGUCACCACGGCCACGGCCCGCGUCCGCCCUACGGCUACUACUGACCCGCGCGUCCGGCCCUAGUAAACCAUUUCCCCGCA